AUGGAGAUGCACGCUGCUGUAGGCGAGGCUCUUGAUGUCAAGUGGCAAUUGACUGAGCGCGUCGAUUCACGCAAGGGCAAGAAGCGCUCUUCUCAAGACAAUCAGAUACGUGGAGAGCUCGAGCACUAUGGCGCCAUCUCAAACCAUACAACCGCGAAGAUCAAGUUGACCGUCUUCUCGGAGCCCUACAAGCCCAGCGUGGCUCCGCUGCAGACGCUCACCAAGAUCAACCUGGUGGACCUUCAUGUGGAAACUCAUCACUACGGCAACGUUCUCUUCCUCCGUACAUUCGGCCGCUCGAUCAACGUCUCUGAUAUCCAGACAUUCAUGCCAGUCGAAGAUGAGAUGGGCGACGUGGACAGAAUUGCCAUCCUCAACUUCGGUCUUGCAUCCUGGCCUGCACAGAAGCUACCACCUGGUACCGUCUUUGCCAUCAAGGAGCCAUUCUACAGUUCUGCCUCAGAGGAUUUCGGCAUGGCAUUGUGUGUCCAUCAUCCUUCCGACAUCGUGUUUCUUGACGAAGAUCANUCNCUCAGCCCCCCUGACUGGAAGUCAUCAGCUCCACGCAAGACCGCUUCUGAGUGGAAGCUCGAUGGCAACAAUGCUCUGAAGAACAAGGACUACAUCAAGGCCAAUCACUGCUACACNAAAGGGUCUUGCUGCUCUAGCUCCUACCGACAGCGACCUCAAAUCCGAUCUGCUUCGCAACAAAGCCCAAGCUGGACUCUCACUCGGCUGUUACGAGACGGCAAGGGCGGAUGCUAUUGCUUCUGUCGGGGUAUCGACGAUCGUCACGAUCCGAAGCACAGGAAGGCUCUUUAUCGUGCCGGGCGCGCUGCAUACGAGCUUCAUGAUUAUGAAUAUGCCCAGGGCAUGUACCAGCAACUACUGAGCAACCUCCCGUCUGACCUGGACGGUCUGAGGGAGCUCCAGCGCACCACAUUGCGCAUCCAAGAGGCUGCGAAGGGCGUCUUCGACUUUACCGCUAUGCUCAAGAAGAUCUCGGAGACAGCAGACUAUCACGCCGAGCAAGCCAGCUACGUCCGUCGUACCAGCAUUCGCAACGCUGGUCGCAGCUCCAAGGGUCUGUUUGCUACGGAGGCCAUUGCUGCCGGAGAGGUCAUCCUGCGUGAGAAGGCCUUCGUCGCCUCAAACACCCCUGACAACACGCCUGCCUUGAGCGCCAUCAUUAACCCCACCAACAAUCGUGGGCUGCAUGGCAGUCACGCCGCUAUCUGGAUCGAUGCUGUACGCAAGUCUUUUCACAACCCAUCUUGGAGUCGCGACCUUACGGACUUGCAUGACGGUACACCUCGUUCCGCUGAAUCAGCCUCGGUUUCCAGCCCUCUGAUAGUCGAUGGCAUGCCAGUAGUUGAUGUUUUCCGUCUCCAGAACAUCAUUGAGCACAACAGCUUUUGCUUUGAAGCCGACAAGGACAGGGCUCGCGUUGACGUACAGAAAGCUGUCAGGGCUGAUUCUACUGGUGUCUGGACUCACGCUGCUUCCAUGAACCAUUCUUGUCUCUCCAACUCCAACCGUGGUUUUGUUGUUAACUUCAUCGUCGUCCGCGCCAACAAGAGCAUCGGCCAAGGAGAGGAGAUCACCACCAGGUAUUGCCCUGCCAACGGCGACUUUGGCCAGCUCAAACAUAAUCUGGAAAAUUGGGGUUUCACUUGCGACUGCAAGUUGUGUAAGGCGGAGAACAAGUGUGAGGAAAGUCGCUCAAGCCUCAUGUUCGAGGUCAAGUCAUUCCUCAAGACUCACCCGCUUAAAGAAAUCACGGCAUUGAUGGCCAAGGAUGCCGUCCCUGCUAAUCUUGUCGAAAAGGUCAAGCACUUCGAAAAGCUCCUUAAAAAGUCUUACCCUCUGAAGUUGUUCGCGAUCUACAUUCCGAAGACCAGGAGAAUCCUUGGAUUGCUCCCAACCAUGGGCAUGGCCAGCAUUCACGAGUGGCUCAUGUUCGCUCACUAUCGUCAAAUUCCACGCGCCCUCGACUACGCGACUUUUCUAUUGAUGGAUCAUGGCUACAAGGUUACCAUGGACAAAGUCAAGGGCAUCACCCUCGAUCGCACCAAUUGUGUACUCAGUGUGAAGGCCGUGCUCGCCAUGCAGUACAUCGAACACUUCUACACCAUGGCAGGUAUGAAGCCUAUUGGAAAGACCGCUAGAGCAUUGGCUGAGGAGAUGCACACUACCAUCAGGGGUAGCAUGGUCGACUACAAGGGCUUCGAGGAUUGUUGA